AUGGCGCCCCUUGACGACAUCCAGGUCGGCGACCUGGUAAACGUUCCCGGGGGUAUGUAUGGGACAAUCAAGUACUUGGGUGGUGUAGCUGGCAAACCAGGGAAAUUCGCUGGCAUCGAACUGGCAGCUGAGCAUGCCAGACGAGGGAAGAACAAUGGAGACGUGGACGGGAAGAAAUACUUUGCAACCUCCACCCCUGGCUCCGGCAUAUUCGUUCCGAUGAACAACAACAAGUAUGUUACAAAACGUUCGUCCGGCCCUAGUGUUCCCAGUGUAACCCCUCCAACGCCCUCCCGACCCAUCAACUUCAGCAAAUCCGUCGGCCCUGGCUUGAGCCCCGCAGUUCGAACUCCCCGUCCGGGUGUGAGACGACCUUCGCUUCCCCGAGCAGAAUCUCCGUGGGGCCCGUCGCCCUCGAAAUUGAGUCUUACAGGACUACGCACUCCCUCUGGGGCAUCGAGGACCCCCAGCUCGAAUGGCCAUCCGCGGAGUCCAGUUAAAGCGCCCUCCCGAACCUCCAGCCGACCGCCCUCCCGCCUGAGUGUAGAUGAUGACUUUCAAUCCACGAGGACGUCGGAUAUCCAGCGGAAUGCGAUGGCCACGGAGGUGCAGGAGUUGAAGGAUCAGGUUAAGGGUCUCGAGAAGCAGCUUCUAGACCGCGACAAACAGCUAGAUGAACAGGCAAAUGCAUUGUCCGAAUUCCAGAGAAUGCUGGAAGAGCUGGAGGGGUCGGACGCUCUUUCUAUCCGCGCUCAGCUGCGCGACAGGAAUGAGAGGAUUGCUCAGCUCACGGCAGAGUUCGACCUCCAUCGGGCGGAUUUCAGGAGCACUCUGGAUACCUUGGAAGUAGCUGCCGCUGAAACAGAGCGGGUAUAUGAGCAGCGUCUGGAUGAGCUGAUGCAGCAAAAUAAGGAGCUGCAAGACAGAGGAGAAGACGUUGAGACUGUUGCAAGGCAGCUAAAGCUGCUGGAGGAGUUGGUUUCGGAGUUAGAGGAGGGUCUAGAAGAUGCGCGCCGUGGAGAAGCUGAGGCACGGGCAGAAGUCGAGUUUUUGAGGGGCGAGGUCGAACGGACGAAGCUUGAGUUGGAUAGGGAACGUGGAAGGUCUUCUCCUCACACGGCUGGAGAUGGACAACAGCAUUCGAGAGAGCUUGACCAGAAGGAUGAUGAAAUCCGUGGUCUCAAAGCCAUUAUCCAUUCCUUAAGCCGGGGUGACCCCAAUCUGCACGCACUUCAACAAAAUGAAAUUGGGAGUUCGCAGCCGGAGUAUGAUGCAGAACAUGUGGCGCACUUGGAACAGCGUGUGGAGGAGUUCGAACGUAUGACAGAACGGAAGACUUUCCGCAUUGAGGAACUGGAGCAUGAGCUUCAGCAAUUGCAAUUCAAUAGCGAUAGUCGCCCUCACAACCCCAUUACCAAUGGUUCACACUCCUACCACAAAUCUUCGAGCUCCAUUGGAAAGAUCGGACCCGAGCAUACUGCUAACCAUGCCCAUCGGCUGUCUGACCGCACUGUGGUCCCAGGCGACUGGCACGAUCAACCGCCGCAUGAUGACCAAUACCAGGCUUACCCUGGACGGCUCCGCAGUGCUUCGGAAUCUUCCCAUCAGCGACUGGAAACUAUGCACGAAUCUGAUGGCCGAUCUGAUGAUGACGCUACUUCUCUAUGGUGCGAGAUUUGUGAAACCGGUGGCCAUGACAUCCUGAGCUGCACUAAUAUGUUUGGUGCCGACCAAAAAAACAAGAAUCCUGACACCAAAGAGACCUCUCAUGAGGACUCAACUGAUGAAAAAUUCACGCCGGAGACAUCACCUGCCCCGGAGUCCGCACCGUCCGGUAAUGGGGAUCCCACAACCCCUCAAAAAACGAAAACCGGUCGCGAUGUUGUUCUAGAGGGGUUGAAAGGCGUCGCGACAACAUCUUCCAUGGGCCCUGUUGCAGGGAAAGCGAGCGGGAUAGUUGAUGAAUCGAAAAAGGCCGACUACUCCGACUACUCAGGAACGCUAGGCGGCUGCACCAACUCUCCCUCUUUAUACUUCGUCUCAGCAACAGUACCACACGCCUUGCAAGUCCGCUUUUCCUGGUCCGCGCCGAAUUCUUCAACCACCUCUUUCACCUGCGUUCCCAGGUCCGUACACACAAACCGCUUCUCCCAUACAAUCUCAGUACAGUUCUUGCAGUACCACCGCAUAAUGAAUAAUUUUGUGUAUCGCUUGAUCUUUGCAACCUUAACUGGCCGUACUGUGCACAUCUCUCAAAUCCGCCCUUCCUCUCCAACCAAUCCCGGUCUUACUCCCUAUGAAAUCUCUUUCCUUCGUCUUCUCGAGGCUGUCACCAAUGGCUCUCAACUGGAAAUUUCUUAUACGGGAACUAUCUUGGUCUACAAACCUGGUCUCAUCACUGGAAGCGGUGCAGGAGCAGGCAGUGGUGGUGUGAUCAGGCAUGAGCUCCCAGCAAGUUGCACUCGCGGUGUGAGUUACUACCUGCUGCCACUUUGCCUUUUGGCGCCAUUCUCCAAAGCUCCUAUAAAGGUUCUCUUUACUGGUCCUGGUGUAAUCACUUCAUCCACACCAACGGGUGAUAUGUCGGCGGACAGCGUGCGGACAGCGAUCUUACCGCUUUACAAUCAAUUUGGAAUUUUCAACAAUAUCGAACUCCGUAUCCUACGAAGGUCCAACCCUGGCCCCAAUGGCAGAGGAGGUGGCGGUGAAGUUCAGCUGGUUUUCGGUCACCAAGUCCGCCUUCCAAAAACUCUUCACCUGAUGAACGCGGGCAGAAUAAAGAAGAUUCGUGGUGUGGCCUAUGCUGUGGGUGUCUCAGGCUCCAACAACGCAAGAAUGAUCGAAACUACUCGUGGUGUUCUAAACCCGCUUGUGCCUGACACUUACAUUUUUUCUGAUGUGUCAUCUGCCCCGCUGGUUCCUGCCCACGACAAGACCAAUCCUUCGGCUAAGAAGAAGUUUGGUCUUGGAUUCGGAUUGUCGCUGGUUGCAGAGUCCUCUACCGGUUGCCUCUUUUCUGCCGACGUAGCAUCCCCACCUACAGGUGGCCAGCCUCCUGAGGAUAUUGGAAGGCAGUGUGCCUAUCAGCUACUAGAAACUAUCUCGAAAGGUGGUUGUGUUGCCCCUGCUGCUGCCCCGACAAUGUUGGGUCUUAUGACCAUGGGUUCUGAGGACGUUGGUCGGCUUCAAGUUGGUCGUGAUGUGAUUGCAGACGAAGGAGUAAUCCAGCUGGCGAGGGAUUUGGCGAAAUUUGGUGCCCCUGGCUGGGGUCUCCGAGAGGCUGCCGGGGAGAAUGAGCAUGGUGACGUUGUUAUCAGCGUAGUUGGACGGGGUAUCGGCAAUGUUGGGCGAAAAAUAACCGCCUUGUUUCAGAAUGCGGCCACUUUGCAGACGGAUCGACCUGAAACGUGA